AUGUCCUACAACUUAGACACCGUUGCAAAGCUCGAUGCUCAAUUAAAGAACAACUCCUAUAUUGAAGGUACUGCACCAACUCAAGCAGAUGUUGCAGCCUACAAGGCUUUCCAAACUGCAUACCCAUCCUUUGCAAGAUGGUUCAACCACAUUGCUUCCUUCUCUGAAGAUUUCGAAUCUUUACCAGCAGCUUCUGGUUCCUCUGCUGCUGCUGAAGAAGAAGAAGACGAUGAUGAAGACGUUGACUUAUUCGGUUCCGAUGACGAAGAAGAAGAUGCUGAAGCUGCAAAGCUAAAGGCUGAAAGAGUUGCUGCUUACAACGAAAGAAAGGCAGCAAAGGGUCCAAAGCCAGCAGCUAAGUCCAUUGUCACCCUUGACGUUAAGCCAUGGGAUGACGAAACCGAUUUAGAAGCUAUGCUUGCACACGUCAAGUCUAUUGAAAUGGACGGUUUGACUUGGGGUGCUCACCAAUUCAUUCCAGUUGGUUUCGGUAUCAAGAAGUUGCAAAUCAACUGUGUCGUUGAAGAUGACAAGGUCUCCAUGGACGACUUACAAGGUCAAAUCGAAGACGGUGAAGACUGGGUCCAAUCUUCCGAUGUUGCAGCUAUGCAAAAAUUAUAA